CGUAUGCAGCAUAGAGCACCUAUUACUUUUUUCCCUUAAGGCCAAAGUCGUGGAAGUCCGCAGGGAAGCCCGAGCUUUGAAAGCCCUUCUCGACGCCCGCCAAAUGCUUUUGGGCAAACAGUAUUCACGGGAUGCAAGAAUGUUUAGUUAUCGUCCUUGAAUCCUACGGACGUUUGACGAUUCCUCGUUGACCAAAGGACGUUCUGAGUAUGGGAGCCGGGGCAAGCGCUAAUGUCAGGCCGACCUUCGAUGAGGAUUGGGCGAGCGACAGCACGAGGGGAUUGGACUCGCUUGGAGGAGGACUGCGACCGCCUGUUAAGAGAGGGUUGAGCACCAAGUUCCGCCUUGAGUGGCUGAAGGAUGCACUCACGGAGCAGGGCGACAAGCUGGAGGAGGCGCUGGCGAAGGACCCACUGGCGGGGCGGCACGAAAUCCUGCGGCAGGAGGCCAUCAAGAUGGUGAAGGACAACCCAGCCAGCAUCCACUCCUUCAGCGUGAAGGAGUGGAUGACGCGCAAGCACAGCGACAUGCGGGCGCAGCACGCGCGUGACGAGUUGGAGCGGCGCAUGCGGGAGCGGAUGGGCUUGCCGCCGGCGGAGCCGCCACCGCCCGUUGCGAGCGAGAAGGAGCGCAGCAAACCGCGUGCCGUCGAGGGUCCGCCCUCACCGCCCAAGCGCGGCUCCGAGGCCGGCAACGCGGGCAAGCGUGUGUCGGAGGCUGGCGGCGGCGGCGGCGGCGGCGGGACUGGGCGGCCUGAGUGGAACUCGUUGCACUGGACCAACACCUCCAUCCCCGACCUGCCCAGCAAGAAGCAGCCGGCCUCGACGUCGGAGGACAAGCAAACUAGCGACGAUGGUGGCGAGCCGGCAAAGCCCGUGCGACCAGAGGUGCCGCUGGCGGAGUGGCGCCACCGGGUGGCUCGCGCCAAGCGCAAGGCCAUGCUCAUCAUCAGCGUGGUGCUGGCCUUCCGCGGCCGGCGGCACCGCGCGCGCGGCCUGCAGCGGCUGGACUCGCUGUCCUACUUCAUCGCGCAGCACCUGGCCGACCAGCUGCCGCGGUUCGUGGACGAGCAGGGCAGCUACCGGGCCGGAAAGGCCAGCGUGGCAAACCUGCAGGCUCUGGCGGAGGAGCUGUGGCGCGAGCAGAACUACGGCGCCGCGGAGGCGGCGGCUCUGGAGGCGGGGGAGGAGGCGGGCGUGGCGCUGUCAUUGGGUGAAAUCGGCGGGGUUGGGCCGUCCCCGCUCAACAGCUCAGACCUGGGUGGAGCCGGGACUGGGGCCGUAACCACGGCCGGGGGGCGGGGGACGCAGCCGUGGUCGCCAGGUGCACCGGUGCGCCAGGCGGCGAGCAUGCCCGCAGCGAUCAUGGCGGCGGCAGCGGGGCCAGGGCCGGGGGCGUCAGGCGGGAGCGGCAGCGGGCGCGCGACGCCACCGCCGCCGCUGCGGCUGCCGGGCAGUUGGACGGCCGGGCCGCCGACGGGCGGAGGCAGCAGCAGCGGCGCGGCGGCGGGCAGCGGCGGCGCGGGCGGCAGUGGCGGCAACAACGGCCUGUCGCCCAUGCUUCGCUCGCGGCCCAUGAAUCUCACGCCGACUCUGCAUCACAUCUCCCAGGCCGGCGGCGGCGCGGCCUCGUCCGCUGCCGGCUCCGCCGCGCCGUCGCCUGGGGCGGCCGGCGGGGCGGCGGCGGCGGCGCCCGCUUCCGUCGCCGGCCCCAGCAGCCCCAGCGGCAGCACCACCAGCACCAGUGGCAUGAACAGCGCUCGCAUGAGCCUCAGCGGCGGCGCCGCCGCCGGGCCGGCAGGGGCGGCGGCGCCGCCUGGCGCGGGGGUGGCGGCGUCGCUGCCGCAGCUGUCGCGGCCGGGUACGCCCGGCAGCCGCAUGUCGGGCAGCACGCCAGCGGCCGGCAUGCCGAGCGUGUCGGCGGGCCAGGUGCUGCAGGGCGGCGGCGGCGGCGGCGGCGGCGGCGGGGGGCUGGAGCCGGAAGCCUCCGGCUCAAGUUUCACCAGUGGCCGGGCCAGUCGAUUCUCAGUGCCUGGGUCGAUGGUGUCGGCAAGCGUGGACUUCUCGAUGGUGUCAGCCGCGGGAGGCGGCGGCGGCGCAGCCGCAGGCGCGCGUGCGGUGGCGGCCCUUGAAGACGGGAUAAGCCUGCAGGAGGCGGCGGCGGCGGGCAAGGGCGCUAGCAAGGGGCCCAAAUGGUCCAUGCCGCGAUUCCUGGGGGGCGGGAAGGGCAAGGGCGCGGCGGCUGGAGCGGGGGCGGCGGCGGAGGGGGACGGCGGCGCCGCCGCCACCGGGCCGCCGAACGGCAAGCGCGGGCCCAAGGGCUCGCUGCUGGCGGCUGGCGGCGACGAGCUCGGCAUGGUGGCACGUGCGCAGUCGUGGGCGGGGCCCAUGGCCAACCCUGCACUGGGGCCACCCGCCGUCCCGCACUCGCGCAGCCUGGGGCCAGCAGACGGGCCAGCGGCCGCCGGCGCCGCCCGCGCCGCCGCUGCGGGCAUGGCCCCCGCGCCGCCCACGGCGCCUGCGCCGCCGGCUGGCGCAGGGCGCAACCCGCGCAACCGCCGCAGCUCGGCGGUAGUGCUGGGCAGCAGCGGCUCCCCGCUGCCGCCGUCGUUCAUCGCGGCCAUGGGCAAGGUGUCCACUGACGGGAGCGCCGCGCUGAGCACCCCGGGCGAGGCGCCUGCGAGCCCGGGCUGGAGCUCAAGAGGGCCGGCGGCGGCCGGCGGCUCUCGCGGACUGCGCGCUGGCAGCAUCAGCGGCGCUGCCGGGCUCACAGCGCGAUCAAGCGGCGGUGCGCCCGGUGCAGGCGGCGGCGGCGGCGGCGGCGUGCCGCGGCGUGCCGGUGCGUUCGGCGCCCCCCGGGGCAGCACCUCUGGUGAGGGUGCGCCAACACCGGGUGGCGGCCGCCGCGGCAGCGUGUCUGGCGGCGGCGCCGCCGCCGCCUCUGCGGCCGCGACGGCCGCCGCCGCCGCGGCGGCGGUGGCGCGGCGGGUGGCGGCGGAGGGGGGCAGUGAGGCUGUGUUCCUGAGGUUCCAGGAGGAGCAGGCGGCGCUGGAGAAGCCGCUGCGUAUGAUGAACAUGUACGCCAACCGCGCAAACGCCCGCUGGGUGGAGGAGCUCGCGUCCGCAGUCGGCGGCGGCGGCGCGCCGCCGCCGCUCUCGCCCCCUGGCGGUGCCGAAGGCGGCCCCAAGUCCCUAGCCUCCCCUACAGGCACUGCCAGCACCGCGGGGACCGGCGCCGGCAGCGGCGGUGGCGGGUUCGAGCCGCCGCAGGUGUACGAGGCUGCGAAGUUUGCGUCGGUGAUGGGCGCGGCGCAGUCGGCGGCGUUCAAGUCGGAGGUGGCGGCGGCGCUGCGCGCGGGGCGCAUGGCUGUGCAGGUGCUGGCGGGCGACGACAACGUCAUCCUGGCCAGCGGCACCACGCAGGCGCUGUGGAACGCAGACCCAUGGGACCUCAUCGCCACGGCCUUCCCAGCCAAGGCGGGCACGCCCGACCGCAUCCGCGCGGUGCACAUGGGGCCGCGGCUGCUGAUGGCGCUGGUGAUGGCGGUGGAGGCGGUGGCGGGGCCGGAGGCGGUGGCGCGGCUGCCGGUGGUGCUGCACUGCAACGAGGACCAGCGCGCUGACGUCAUCGCCGACCUGCGCUUCCGCAAAUUCUGCGGGCUGCGCCCGGACAACUUGUUCCUGCUGGUGCAGACGCGGCGCUGCGGCUACGCCUGGGACGAGGCGGCGCAGCGCUUCGCGCGGCAGUACGGCUCGCAGCCCGCCAGCGCCGGCAGCGGCUACGCCAUCAUGCAGCUGGUGUGGCCGCAGGAGGCGCUGCAGCUGGCGGCGGAGGACCCGCUGCAGGUGCUGGCGGAGGCUGGCCCCAACGGCAGCGGGCCGGCGGUGGAGGCGGCGAAGGCGGCGCUGGCCUCGGCGCGGCGGGCGGGGCGGGACGCGGCGGCGGCGGGUGUGGUGUCGCUGCAGAUGAGUGUGCUAGACGCCCUGGCGGCGCGCGGCGUGCAGUGGCUGCUGACGCGGCGGCUGCGCGACAUCAACCUGUACCACCCGGAGCGCACCCUGGACGGCGAGGUGCUGGCGUACGGCCUGUUCCUGCACGACUCCAUGGGCGCAAACAUGAGCGUGCAGGUGGAGUAUGUGGACGGGGUGCAGGCGGUGCGGCAGGCGCAGAGCGGAGUGGUGCUGGCGGCGCCGCGGCCGCCGCGCCGGCCCGACCGCGAGGCCGCGCCCAACGUCGUCACCGUCACAAGCAGCCUGGAGGCGCCGGCCUCGCCCAACCCCCCACACCGGCGGGCGCACGGCCGCGACCGGACGGCCCCCCAGCCGGAGGCGCCUGGCAGCCCCGCCCGGCGCGGCUUUGGCGGCGGCCACAGUGGCGGCGGCGGCGGCGGCGGGUCGUCUAGUAGCUUCGUGAUGGACAUCAAGGUGUCAGACACCAUGACGCCGCGUGUGACGGCGCUGCUGAACGAGGCGCGGCUACGCGGCAAGGGCCGCCUGGUGGUCAGCACGAGGAGGUACAUGUGGAAGAUCGACGUGCUCAAAGCCUUGGUCCAGCGGCCCAGCGUGUUCCGGCCCAGCCUGGAGGUGGCGGCCGACCUGGCCUACCUCACCUUUGACAUGGCCGACCUCACCGCCGCCGCCCAGUACGGCGCGCGCUGCGUGGCGCUGGCCUCCCGCCACCCCGCGCGCUCGCUCAUCAGCGCCGCCGACCUGGAGGAGCUCAUGGGCGUCAUCUCGGCGCAGGACGCCAGCGGUAACUUCCGGCGGCUGGCCGGCAACACCACCGUGCCGCGGGCGCAGACCGCACCCGCCGGCUCCGAGGCCACCCGCCGCCCCGCACUCACACCCCAGCUGCACUCCCUCUCCCUAGGACCCAGCGGCACCGGCGCAGCCGCCGGCUUCUCCUACGCCCACUCCGGCUCCGCCGCAGCGGCGGCGGCAGCCGCCGCCGCCAACACCAACGGCUCCACGCCUAGCAUGCUGGGCGGCGGGCUGGGUACGCCGCACUCGUCGCUUGCGCCGCCGGGCGCGGGCGGCGGCGGCGGGCCGCUGCCUGGCCAGCGCAUUGUGGUGCUAGUGGCGGACAACGACAGCACUGGGCUGGCGGUGAAGCUGCUCAUGGCCAUGGUCAAGCCGGGCAGGGACGUCGUGAUCCUAGUGCACGUGGUGUCCAGUAUCCUGCAGGAGGGGUCGGGCCGGGCGCUGCUGCGCAAGUACGAACUGCUGCUGGGGCAGACCAUGGUGGAGGUGGUCAGCGAGCUGCUGACCAAGGACCCCAGCACGCCGCUGCUGGAGCAGCUGGAGACCUAUUGCGAGAACGUGGACGCGCAACUGGUGGUGAUGGGGAGUCAGGUGCUCGCAAACGCCACCGCCGGGGCCGCGACCAGCAGCGGCUUCCCUGGCGGCGGCGGUGGUUUCCCGGGCAGCAGCGGCGGCAGCUUCAGCGGGUUCAGCGGGUUCAGCGGGGGUGGCGGCGGCUUCCCGGGGGCGAGCGGGUCCAGCUUCAGCGGGUUUGGCGGCGGCGGUGCGGGCGGCGGCGGCGGCGGCGGCUCCAUCAUUGGCAGCAUGGCACUGUCGCUGCUGAAGAACGCCAUGCGGCCCAUGCUGAUCGUCAAGGCCAACGCCAAGUUGGCGUCCAUCGCCUGGGACUCCGACAAGCUGCGCCUGCUGAUGGAGGUGCACCACACCAGCCGCCACCUGCUGCGGUACGCCGCCACCAAGCUGCUCAACAGCCAGCGCGGCGACAAGCUGUACCUGGGCCGCGGAGGGGCCAAGGACCCCAGCGCGCAGGACAACGUGACCAGCCGGCGGCUGCUGGAGAACUUCUCCGACCUCGCGGCGCAGCACGGGCUGGCGGCGGUGAAGCGGCCGCUGGAGGAGGGCUUCGAGAGCGGCGCGCUGCGGCUGGCGGACCUGGAGAAGGUGCACGUGCUGGCAAUGCAGGCGCCGUCGGGCCGUGGACUGCCCGCGUCCAUCAUGCACGUGCUCAAGGCGGCACGCAGCGCCGUGCUUGUCUACAAAUCCAACGAAUUGUUUUAAGCACUCGUGACCCACACCGACAGCGACGCGUGUUUUCGUGCUGCGUCCGCAAACUGUGUUCGUGGGGCGUUUCGUUACAGUACGUUUUGUCAUGCUAGAAGGACGUGAUUUGCAGUGGUUUUCGGAUUUAUGACGUAUGCGCAGCGUGCUAGGCCUAUGCGCAGCGUGCUGGGCCAGCUGUUGAGGACUUAUCUACCUUACUUCACGUGACUUAAACAAGGUUAUGACAAAGUGUCUGCAUUGCGCUCAUAGUGUUUGGUCUGCUAAGCGCUGUCCCUUGGACUGAUACUGAUUGUGUCGUGCUACAGUGUCGCAUGACGCGGCUUGCCUUGGGUGUGGAUUUGUGUUUGUGACUGGUGUGGCGUCGUCAACACGCACCGCACCGUGCGACAGGGUGCGUAUGCUGCUGCAUUUUGGUGGCCGCACGUGGGGUGGGGGAUAACUUGGCGGCUGGAGGCAACAACUGAAGUACUGCUUGCUUGCGUAUAGCUGUCCUGCACUCCAAUGAGUGCGCUGCGUAUGUAUUGGGCACUGGAGUGAUGGGAGGUCCAGCGAGGUGCCCGCAGCCGUCAUUCAUUUGCUGGUGUACACCGGCUGUUGGGCACGUGGUGCGGGCACAAUGACGCGCCUGGUGCCCUGGCCGGACUUAGGGCCCUGGGGUCACAGAGGAGCGAGCACAGACGACGCGUGUGUGGAGUGGUCAUGGUCAUGGCGAGAUGGGCGAUGCAAUCGGCAUAUCUGUCGGUCCAGACUGGCGACAUGCGGGGGGAAAGUGGGAAUGCGAGUGGAGGUCAGGAAAGACAUGCCAGACCCCAGGCCCCGCCGAAGUUGGUGGGGCCCCCCCUGGGGACUGAUUGGCGAACACUUUUUUGAACCAGGGGUUUUGUUCGACCAGUUUAUGCUGGAGUAGUGCCAAUCCAGCGCCGGCGCCAUGCUGGCCAACAGCACUUGGCCGUCGCCCGCAAAUUGCACUGCUGCUGUGGUGACGCCUGCGUCCGUCGGGUUCGUGUAUCUUGAUCCC